UAUAUAUACUCGCUAGCAAUCAUCGCAUUCAUCAUGAAUUUUUAUGAUGAGGAGAUAACAAUAAGUGGUGCCGAUGUAAAGCCUCCAAGCAAUGCGAAAGUAAUGUCUCUAAAUGUAGGCGCAAGCGGUAAUCAACGCAUGAUGUCUGCCGGCAGGCAAAGAACAAUGUUUCAUGGAAAUUCUACUGACGAUGAUGGCUUACUGCAAGGUAUUAUUGACCAUGAUGACGAUGACAUUGAUGAUGAUGAUGAUGACGAUGAUGAUGAUGAUGAUGACGAAGAGGACGAUAAUGAGUUGGAAUUGAAUAGACAACCGCAACGUAAUUUAUUAAAGCAACAAUCUGUGGAUAUACCUAAACGUAGUGCUUUGAAAUAUUCUCAAGCACGUCCUGCCAGCCGUACUAGGACUAAACUGGUUAAAAAUAAUAUUGAGCUUUCUGAUACUGAUUCCGAAGGAGCUCAAAUUAGCAAAAGGCCGGAUUCUAAUCAAAAAAACUCAACAAAAACCAAUGAUCAGUUUAGUAUCAUGCCAGAGCAAUGGGAAAAUUUAUCCUUACCGCAAGAGUUUAAAGAUUUAUUUUCUUAUAUUUUAAAGUACACACCGCAAUAUAUCGAUACACCCUAUCUACUUCAACCAUUCAUACCGGAAUAUGUACCAGCGAUUGGCGAUGUGGAUGCUUUUUUAAAAGUUAACGUACCGUCGCUUUUGAAACCGGAACGCGCCAAUGAGUUGCAAGAUCAUUUGCAAAAAUUGGGCUUGAAUUUUCUCGAUGAGCCCUCAGGUAACCAGAGUGAGCCAAGUUUAUUGAGAAUGAAGUUAAGAUCCGUACUUAGCGGUAGUGGCGUUAAUUCACGCAGCGCAUCGGCCUCUAUAGUGCCGAUAGCUAAAGCCAGUAGAGAUAUCGAUCGAUGGAUAGCCGAAGUGGAGCAAGUACACAUGUCACAGUCUAUUUAUGACGCUCAGCCACGCAAGGAUAUCGAUCAUAUGAUAAUGAAUUGGCCGCGAUCAUAUGCGAACGCUGGCGAUGCUAUAAAAGAUGCCUAUCAACGUUGUUUAGCUGAGCAGAUUUCUCUAACCGAUUACAUAAGCAUUUUAUGCCAUGAACUAGACAUUGAAGGUUCACUUGAGUCACAAGCUGAUUACUUGCUCAGUGUGCAGACCUUGUUUGCUAUUUACUUGGCUGCCAAUCAAGCCUGGGAAUAA